CACCUGCAGCAGUGCGGUCGCGUAUGGCCCGCCGCGGGAGAGUCUGAGGCGCGAGGGUCCCGCAAGAGAGAGCAGUAUGGAGGAGUGUUUCCUGCUGAAGGAGAGGCUACAGGCCAUCACUGAGAAGCAUUACAUUCAGGAAGAAAUUAGACAGAAGAAACUGGAACUGGACCAAGAAAAACUCAGAUUUCAGCAUCUAAAGAAAAAAGCUUUGAGAGAGCAGUGGUUGCUACAGGACUCCACUUCCCACAAUGCUACAGACUACUCACAGCAGCAGAGCCUUCAGCUCAACAUCCACAGGAUAGAAAUGGAGGUGAAGUCUCUGGAGAGAGAGGAGUCGAAGGUUUCAUCAAAAGAGAGUGUCAUUCUCAACAGACUGAAGACUGUGGAGAAAAGUGCAGGGGACAUUAUCAAGGAGGCCCAGGACAGCUUUGUUCAUGAUCCUUUACAGGUCACCACGGUGACCCAUGAUGUCCUACAAUCCUACAGUACAGCAGCCAACAAAUCCUCUGAACCCAGCAAACCAAGACAGACUCUGUUUGCCAUGGAGAUCAGUGUGACUAAAGACCUGAAGACCGGGAAGAGCACCGUGCUCUCUACUGCUUCAGUUCCUGCUGAAGAGCUGAGCCAGCACGCCGGGCUCAAGGUCUACGACGAUGGCAGGAAGUGUGUUUUUGCCUUAAAUUCACAAGAGGGGUCAGAUGAUCAGAGCUGUGUGUCUGAGCUGACAGCCAACGAGGUGGAACAGUUGCUGAGAAGCGCCACAAUACAUCGCCAAGUAAAGCAGCAAAACAUCCACCUAAACCACAGCAAAAGCUUCUCCAACCACCAAGACCGGAGAGGUGAGGAAGACAGGUUUGACCUGAGAGACCAGCGAGGAUAUUAUGGGUUCCAUCCCAUGAGGAACAACAUGACGGAGAAAAACUGCUGGGGGAAGUGUCCGGAGAAAACAGGGGCAGAGCAUCGCAGAGGGCAGGAGAGCCAGUACAGACGCCAUGAAGAGAGAAACAACAAAAGCAACAUGAGGGAAGGUCAUUGCCAUGGAAUCAACAAUGGGAUGGGAAAUAACUAUGGGAACCAGAAGGAUGGUCACCACAGUUCCCACAAAGGGAGAAACGGUCACCAUGUUCUGGAAGAUCGGCCUGCUAGCCACCAGAAAACCAGCAUCCUGAGAAGCAACAGUGUGGUGAAUGGAGGCAGAGCCUAUGACUGCCCUCCUCCCAGGUCACAUGACCAGGAAGCAGCAUCUGCCUACCAACCACGGCUCUCCUACACUCCAGCCAAUCAUAUUCCUCUUUGUGACUACAUCAGUGUGGACGAAGAAGAACUGUAUAGCUGCAGCCCCGCCUCCUAUCACAGACCCUCCACUGCCAUGUACACUGCCCUCCCCCCCUCUGACCGAGUGCCCUCCCCCCUCUACGGAGACGACACCCACUACACCAUCCUCAACGCUAUUGACACCACUGAGCCAAUCACAGCCGUCUUCAUGGGCUUCCAGAUGGCGCAGGACGACAGCGGGCGGGGCCACGAGUUUGAGAGCUCCCUGAAGGCGGAGCUCGUCAUAAUCGAGGACGAAGACAACAGCGAUGACAACCGCGUGGACGAGAAGCAACGCAGCUGUUCAACAGGAAGUUCAGCCAAUGGAAGCAUGGGGCGUGCCGAGGGAGUCGGAGACAGACGGAAGGAGAGACGUGGGGGGCCAGGUACUGGGGAGUGAAGGAGCUGGUCCAUCCAUCUGCGAAGAGCUUCAACAAGUCCUGAGCGAUCAUCUCUGCUUCCUGCCUUCUGGCAUCUUCCUCUCCUCUAUGGCUAAUGUUGAUUCUUUGAUUUCUGGAACCUGCAUACAACACAUUACUCACUUUUGGAGAAAAAAAGGUAUACAGUAUAUACUAUAUAUGUUUGUGUCUGAGCGUGAAAAUAUUUGCUGAAAGAUAAAAAGAGCUUCAACACAAUAGGUUUCAGGAGUAACGCUUUAUUGAAGAUGUCAACACCAGACCUUUUUAUUUGGCAAUUAAUAUAUGACUGAAACUCAAGGCAAAUAAACAGAACCAGAAUACAUGUUAAUGCUAGGCUAUGAGGAAAAGCAGUAAUGUUCAGGACAGCAGUUUAUAAGAGUCCAUACAGAAUAUUAGCAGGUAGCAUGUGGUGUAUUCAUUGAGAAGCAGCAUGAACAUUCAGCAAUGCUCAAGACCUAAAUGCACUUUCUUCUAAAAACUAGAGUAGUGUUGUGGAGUAAUAAAGUAUUAUUGAUAGUUGUGCUAUCAUACAGUAUAUCAUCUACACAGUAACAUCUGUACACACAGCAGUUACUAAUGUGCAUUCAAUACAUCUCAGAAUAAAUAUGACUUGAUUUUAGUCCUUGUGUCCAUGCUUGCCCAGAAGGCAUCUCUUCCGUGAAUACAAUAGAAGUGAUGGAUGACAAAAAAAAUCUCUGCAAAAUGUUUGUAAAUCAAUCUAAAGCCAAUGAUGGGCUACUGAAAUUCAAGUGAGACAAAUUAGGGGGAUAUCUUUGAAAGUUAGUCCAAAAGUAAAUUCCCAUUUCAUCGCUUCUUAUCCUAUAAAUAUAAAAAUAAAUGUCUGAGAAUCCCUUUUGUUUUAUUUGAUCUUAUUUUUAUUCUACUGGUCAGCAAUGAUCCAAGUUCU